GUGUCCUAUAAGCGAAGGGAGUCGAUGAGACCGCACUGACGGAAGGGGGAGAGGUGGGCUCUUCAGAACGACGAGCCGUGGAGAUCUGCGCCGGUGCGGGCAUCGACGGACUUCACAUCACUUGCCUGCCUGAUUCCCCCCGAAACGUUUGAUCGCGCCUCCCCUGUCUCUCCCCCCUCUCUCUCUCUCUCUCUCUCUCUCGUUCUCUCUCUCUCUCGUUUUCUCUCUCUCACACACACACCAUGAGGUCCAAGCGGAGGAUGCCCGCUCUGUUUGUUAUUCCAGCCGAGAGAGAACAUCACGCAAGCGCGUAAAAGAAGAAGAAGAAGAAGAAGAUCGGACACCUCUUGGAGCGCUCUUUCAUAUUUCAGGACGAAACCCUCCGCUGUUUCUUUUAUUUUUCUCUCUCAUUCUGUCUCUCUCCAAGGGCCGCAGCGACUGCGCGCAUCCCACCUUGGAUUAUAAUCAGCGUGGACAUAUGGGGGAAAAGAGGACACAUCAGUGCGUUCACUUUUGAAGCAACGCACAGGGUCUUGACGCUACUGCGUUACUCAUCUGUUUCCCUGCGAGUCUCUUUUUUUUUCCACCCCCCCCCCCCCCCAACCCCCCCGCUCUUUCUUCCUCCCCCCACCCCCCCCCCCCCCUGUCCAGAUCCCCGUUGAAAUUGGGUUCUCUGCAGCAUUUUUUUUUAGUCUCAGAAAAGUCAAAUAUCGGUGGUUAAAUAGGGGGGUGGGGGAAAAAAAAAAAAACAGACCGAGGUGUGUGUAUAGUCUGAGAGGACCGACAGGAGCAAGAGGAGGUGGUGGAGGAGGAGGAGGAGGAGGACGGAGGGGGUGCAGAAUGAGGUGUGUUUUCUCUCUUUUUUGGGAAAAGCCGGAGAAAGACGGGAGAAGGUGUAUAAGCCAGCUGCUCUCUUGAGAAAUAACGGCGAUCUGAGGAGGAAAUGGCCUAGCUAAAGCAACAAAAAUAAUAAAGAGCAGAAGAAUCGUGCUGUGGAUGGACGGGCCAGCGUCAUCGACAUCAUCCUAAAUCCCCGGCGCUCGCAUCGCCUCUUUAAGGUUUAAUUGGUGUCCUCGACUGCAGCGCUGGACUUGGUCUGAAAGAGCAAGACGGAUGAACCCGCAGAGUCUAACCGAGAAUGUUCCCCGUCCCGUCGCCUCACCAUGUCUCCAUAGAAACAGUAUUAACUGCCCCCUUUCCACGAUUCCUCCUUUUGCCUUUGUCAUGUCCCGAUAACCCCCUGGGUCUCUGAUCCUCCCUCUGUCCUAACCACAGUCCCUGAGAUCUGAGUCCAAUAGUGUUACUUUGGAAAUGUUCACUUUCCCGUUCAAUGCUGCCAGCCACCACGGCUACGGUGGGAAGCGUCUGAAUACUUCUCAGCAGGCCCCCAAACCCUGUCUGAUGUGGCUCCUGGGACUAGUGCUGCACCUGACUCUUUCCUCUUCUCAGCGUAUCGACCUGAAACAUCCCAUAGUUUCCACCAGCUAUGGAAAGGUGCGCGGCAUCCGGAAGGAGCUGAACAAUGAGAUCUUAGGCCCAGUGGAGCAGUUCCUAGGCGUGCCGUACGCCACCGCGCCCAUCGGCGAGCGCCGCUUCCAGCCCCCCGAAGCCCCGGGCUCCUGGCAGGAGAUACGCAACGCCACCCAGUUUGCACCUGUGUGCCCCCAGAAUGUGCACGGCGUUUUGCCCGAGAUCAUGCUGCCGGUGUGGUUCACCGACAACUUGGAUGCAGCGGCGACCUACGUUCAGAACCAGAGCGAGGACUGCCUUUACCUCAACAUUUACGUGCCCACUGAGGACGGUCCGCUCACAAAAAAAAAUGAUGAGUCCACGAUGAACAGACCAAGGGAUGAAGAUAUUCGAGAUCGCCGAAAGAAGCCAGUCAUGCUCUUUAUCCACGGAGGCUCCUACAUGGAGGGCUCAGGGAACAUGUUUGACGGGAGCGUCCUGGCUGCCUACGGAAACGUCAUCGUCGUAACCAUGAACUACCGCCUUGGCGUGCUCGGAUUUCUGAGCACGGGGGACCAAUCUGCUAAGGGGAACUAUGGUUUGUUGGACCAGAUCCAAGCUCUGCGCUGGCUCAAUGAAAACAUUGAGCACUUUGGAGGAGACCCAGAGAGAAUCACGAUCUUUGGCUCCGGAGCCGGUGCUGCCUGUGUAAACCUUCUCAUCCUGUCCCAUCAUUCUGAGGGCCUGUUCCAGAGGGCCAUCGCUCAGAGCGGCUCGGCCAUUUCCAGCUGGUCGGUCAACUACCAACCUCUGACCUACACCAAGAUCCUGGCCAAGAAGGUGGGCUGCACCCUGGGGGACAUGGCAGAGCUGGUGGACUGUCUGCGGCGGAAGAGUUUCCGGGAGCUGGUGGACCAAGACAUUCAGCCCGCCCGCUACCACAUUGCUUUCGGGCCCGUGGUGGACGGGGACGUGGUGCCAGACGACCCGGAGAUCCUCAUGCAGCAGGGCGAGUUCCUCAACUACGACAUACUGCUGGGCGUCAAUCAGGGAGAAGGCCUGAAGUUUGUGGAUGACAGUGAAGGAGAAGAUGGGAUCUCUGCAGCUUCAUUCGACUACACGAUUUCAAACUUCGUGGACAAUCUGUAUGGAUACCCUUAUGGUAAAGAUAUCCUAAGGGAGACCAUAAAGUUCAUGUACACAGACUGGGCCGACAGGGACAACAGCGACAUGCGCAGGAAGACCCUCCUGGCUUUGUUCACAGACCACCAGUGGGUGGCCCCAGCCGUCGCCACAGCCAAGCUCCACGCAGAGUUCCAGUCGCCCGUCUACUUCUACACGUUUCACCACCACUGUCAGACGGAGGCACGGCCAGACUGGGCGGACGCCGCUCACGGAGACGAGAUCCCGUACGUGUUUGGGAUUCCCAUGGUGGGAGCCACUGAUCUUUUCCCCUGUAACUUCUCCAAGAACGAUGUAAUGCUCAGCGCCGUGGUCAUGACCUACUGGACCAACUUCGCAAAGACAGGGGAUCCUAAUCUGCCUGUUCCUCAGGACACAACAUUCAUUCACACUAAGCCUAACCGUUUCGAGGAGGUGAUUUGGACCAAAUUCAGCUCCAAAGAUAAGCAGUACUUGCAUAUUGGCCUGAAGCCACGUGUCAGAGAUAACUACCGUGCCAACAAGGUUGCUUUUUGGCUUGAGCUUGUGCCGCAUCUCCACAGCCUGCACGAAACAUUCUUAAACGCGGUCACAACUCGGCUGCCGUCUGGAGGCACCGGGCGACGCAAGGUGCCCCCGCCCGUCAACUCUUCGCCCCAAAAGCCACCGGUGUCCACCUACCCGUCGGAACCCGACCCUGACAGCUCCGAGAGACCGCGCCCCACUCCCUUCCCGAGCGAGACGAGGGACUACUCCACUGAGCUGAGCGUGACGGUGGCCGUCGGCGCGUCGCUCCUCUUCCUGAACGUGCUGGCUUUCGCCGCACUUUACUACAAACGGGAUAAGCGCCACGAACUCAUGCAGAGGCGCCACCGCCGGCUCUCCCCGCAACGUGGCACAACAAUGGGCAUGGGGGUCGGCAUGGGAGUCGUGGGUGCCCCACCGCACAACGACCUAGCGCUCAGUCAGGAGGAGGAGCUGAUGUCACUGCAGAUGAAGCAGCAGAGGGUGGAGCUGGAGCACGGGACACCCCUCCCUUCCCGUGCCCUCCACGGUGACCUGGAACCUCUCCGUCCUCCCGUGUGUCCCCCUGACUACACGCUGGCGCUGAGGCGGGCACCGGAGGACGUGCCACUGAUGACCGCCAACACCAUCACCAUGAUCCCCAGUACCAUCAGCAGCAUCCAGCCGCUCCACCCAUUUAACACUUACCCACCUGUCCCAGCCCCUUCGUCAACGCCUGUGCCCAGCCACAGCAACAAUGCCCUGCCUCACCAACACUCUACUACCCGCGUAUAGGACCAGGCACAAGCUCCGCUACUCCUUUGGGCUCACCGAGAUGCGUCACACAAACUUCUCCAUUCCAACUUCACCUUUCCCUCCCACCCCCCCACAACCUUCUUUGCCGUUUUCACAUCUUCAUCCUCAUCAAGCCCUCAGAUAAAGCUGCAGUUUGUAAGAUUUGAAGCGGUGAAAUACCUCUAAGCUAUAAUCACAUCUCAACGGGGACCGGAACGAGAAAGCGCCCUUGUCAUCACGCUUAUUCGUGUAAUGGCUCAGUGGAAAUUUGGUGCUGAGGAAAGGUCUCCCGGUCACGCCGCUUUAGGCCAGUAGCUCCCUCGAAGAGGUGUCGUAAUCAGUCAGACGUUUAUAACGUGGAGUUCGGUUGUUUGGCACACGCGUUUCCUUUCAUGUCAGUGUGGAGCAAUGUUUAACAAAGAGUACAAACACACAUUGUCAUUCAUUUAGGGAGAAGAUGAUACAGUAGCAAACAGCUUUGUGCGAGGCAGCAUAUGUCCCAGCAAGCUGUCUGUCAUAAAGCGUUGGUUUCUUGAAGCUUACAAAUUGCAGCUUUAAAAAGGCCCAAUCUGGAAGGGGGAUUUGGCACCCCAUACAGAGCUCUGUGCUCCAGCAGCUGUCUCUGCAUUGUGAUUUUAGAGAUUAUUGUAUAGUGUGAAAUAUACUGCCGAGGCUGGGAAUAGAAGUGACGUUUGACAGCCACAUACGACUAAAUCUACUUUGGAUUCAUUUACGAUAUUCACAGUGGUUUGGAAAAGUGUCUGCACCCCUUGAUCGUUUUGUCACAACUGCAAACUUUAAUGAGUUCUGUUAAGGUUUUAUUUAAUAGACCAACAUAAAGUAAUACCUAAUUGUGGGUGGAAGGAAAAUAAUUCAUGGUUAUAAAAACCUAAGACGUGCUGAAAAUUAUUUAUUUUUUAAGUCUUGCCGUGGAUUGACAAUUUGUGCCACAUACCUUAAUUGUGGAGCAAGUACCACAUCAGCAUUAUCAUUUAGUAUUAUAAUCUUAUCAGGUUUUUUUUUUUUUUUUACAGAACUUUAAAACGGUAAAACAAUUGUACUUUUCAUGUGUGUGUUGUGUUAGGUGAUUGGCAGUGCCUGAUUUAUAAAUUUGUACUUUGAAAUAUUAACACAAAGGAGUCAGUGAAUUACUAGUGGAGUGGAGGAAAGUCCAAGAUUUCUCACCAGUCUUGAUCUCAAAAUCCAAAAUGCCUGCCGUGCAUAAACAUAUUAUUCCUGUCAAAAUAAAAUAAUAAUUUGUACUUCUAUAUUGAAUCUCUGUACUCAGUCACAGACACACAGCCUGUUCUAGUGAAAUAUGACUUUAGCUUGUGUUGUUAACAGCAGGUUUUGUGCUUAAUUCCUGGGUUAUUACUCGAUUACCAAAUAACUGGAAAAGCUGUAAAAAGGCAAUUCCUUUGUCCAAGUUUUGACUUCAGCAGGUAAAACAGCACGAGUUGUGAGAAAGUUACCACCAGUGGUGGUUGUAUUGUGCAUUAUUAGACAUCGUCCACAUGCAACACUUUCAGACUUUUUAAAAAAAAUGGAACACCAUGUACAAUUUGCCUUCCGCUCUGUAAGAGAGGCUACUUUGUGUUGGUCCGUAAAACAAAAAUCCCACAAUGUGGAAAUACUUCUGCCAAAAGUAUAUAAGCUUUUCCUUGUUAGUUAAGGUUUACUUAAUUUUUGGGGUUUUAUUGAUAGUUAUGAGAAAUAAAAGACUUACAGAGAGAAAAGGAGAAGAUAGUAGCUGUACAUGCUAGCUGUACAUGCUAGCUCUACCGCAGCGGCACGCAAAGACCCACAACGCAUUUUAAAUUCAGCUUAAAAACAAUCAAACAUUUCUAUUUUUUUGGGGGAGUAUGUCUACAGAUUUCCAGAUUGGGACUUGACCCGUCGGGCCUCGCAGAAAGUAGCUGAACCGCAUUCAGCAGGACGCGGCCUGGAAUCCAGGCUGCCCAUAAGAACUCACCGCAUCCUCACCUCACAGGCUCCACUCACGUCCACCACUUUCUUUGUUCCUCACUCAUUACCUCCGUCUCUUUCCUUCUUUCCUCCACCUCAGAUCAAGUGACUCCUCCCCACGCUUUCGCCGCCGUUCCGUCCUCCUGCAUCCACUCUUGUAGCUCUUCUUAUUAAACAUCAACAGUCUUUUUUUUUUUGCGUCCUCCUUCUCUCAGUCACUUCUAGACUCUUUUUUCCUUUAAGAGUCUUUUAUACAAAAAAAAAUGAAAAACAGAAAUGUAAAUGAUGUAUUAUUAAUAAAUUGUAAGGAUAUGAAUGAAAAAAAAAAAGAUAUUCUGAUAUCUCGUUUUUACCAGCAUUCUUGGUGCCAAGUACUGUGAUGAAGUUCCUUUUUGGCCGGCGUCCGGUGGACCGCUUGCCGAGGUCCGUCCUGACUGUAUCUCAUGAAAAAAAAAAAAACAAUAAAAAAAAACAACAACAAGGAGUUCCCAUCAAAAGAAAGUGCCAACCCCUUUAUCUUUUAUUUCAAACCACACACACACACUUUGUGUUUUAUUUACACUCAAUGUUGCACUGUGGCUGGUCUCUUCUAUAAAGGGAAAUCAGAUUCAAUAUAUCCUCAUUUAGAAGAAGAAAAUAUAUAAAGUUUUAUUAACUACUUUGCUGUGUGGGAUAGUUGCAUGAUUUUUUUGUGUGGGGCAGAGUUUUUCCAUUUCGAUAAUUUCGAUUGCCUUGUUUGGUUACUUUCCAUUGAAUUGUUUUGCUUUUGGAAAUAUUUCAUUUUCUAUUUUAAUAUCAGCUGCACUUUGUGGUACUCCGGAAAGUAUUAAAGAGAUAUUGUGUAAAGCUAUGAUUAUAACAAAGAGAGUAAAUAUUUCCUCUUUAUUUUAUUCUUUUUUUUUUUUUUCAUUUACUAACACCGCGGCUGUGCCACAAGACUACCAGAGACUGAUGAAAGCCUUGUUUUAUUUUUAAUCCUCACAUUUUUUUUCUUUUAAAACUGUCAAAUUUGCACAGUCACUGUCUCUCAGUCUCAUUACGAGGAAAGCACUUUCUACGUUACGAAAAGAAAAACCAGAGACAUGACUUCUUCACGUGAAUAAUCCAAGCAAGGUUCACGUACGUGACUGACAUUACGUUAAUGCUUCGAGCAUCUGAGGACGAAUCAAUUGUUCUUUUGGUUUUUUUCUUUUUCGUCAGCUCUUUUGUCGUCUCAUGGUUUUCGCUUCGGCACGGCGGGUGAAAAGAAAAAAUAUAUAUUUAUGGUAAAACAAAAAACAAAAAAAAAAAAAAAAAGAUGACGAGAGCCUUGUAUGAUUGUGUCACUUGUUUUGCACAACUGAACACAAGGAUGGGUUGUACCCUGGACAAUAUUUGGUGGGGGUCGGGGGAGGGGGGGGGGAAACAAAGGAAAAAC